UUCUUCGUGUUUUCAACUCGACAGAUUCUUUCCUCAAAAUAGUAUAUCAGCAUGGCAGAUCCGGCAGGUGAAAAAUUGUCGAAAAAAGCUCUUUAGAUUCGAAUGAAGUCAAAAUCGAUGGAUUUUCUCGAGGGAAAGUGCAACAAUUGAGUUGACGUUAAGAAUGUUACGACGCAUAACCAAACAUCUGGCUUGCACCCUGGCACCGGCAUUUCCGAAUUCGUGUGUGAACACUGAAUAUCUAAAAUUGCGUCAUAUCUCGGUGGGUGGAUCUGCAUUCAAUGAGCUGAAACGAAAGCUCAAAGCCGAGCAGAAGCUAAAGGAGAAAGCGGAGAAAGAGGCGAAAGCUACUGUGGAGGAGGCCAAUGCGAAAAGUCAUAAGAAAGAUAAUCUGAAUGACGCUGACAUCAGUCCGAACGAGUAUUUUAAACUCCGUUCCCACGAGAUAAAUCAGCUGAAGGACUCGAACGAGCCUCCUUAUCCCCACAAAUUCCACGUAUCCUCAUCCCUGGAGGAUUUCAUCGAAAAGUUCUCGGAGAAAGUAAAAGAGGGAGAAAUUCUUCAAGAUGAGGUCGUCAGUAUUGCUGGGCGGAUCCACUCGAUCCGACGGGCAGGUGCUAAACUCAUCUUCUACGACCUCAGAGGGGAGGGCCUCAAGGUCCAGAUAAUGGCAAAUGCCAAGCAUUAUGAGAACGAAGCCAGUUUCCUGUCUGACAAUGAGAAAAUCGGUCGUGGGGAUGUUGUGGGAGUCCUUGGAGUCCCAACAAAAACAAAACUGGGAGAAUUCUCAAUUCUUCCACGUAAGAUAACUCUGUUGAGUCCCUGCCUACAUCAACUACCUCAUCUGCAUUUUGGCCUCAAGGACAAGGAGACGAGAUUCCGCCAGAGAUAUCUAGAUCUCAUUUUAAAUAAUGCAGUUCGGCAGAAAUUCCACGUGAGAGCGAAAAUCAUUGCUCAUGUUAGAAAAUUCCUGGACGAUAUAGGAUUUCUGGAGGUUGAGACUCCCAUGAUGAAUAUGAUUGCUGGUGGAGCCACUGCCAAGCCCUUCGUCACGCAUCAUAACGACUUGAAUAUGGAUCUGUUCAUGAGAAUCGCACCUGAAUUGUAUCUGAAGAUGCUAAUAGUCGGAGGUAUCGACAGAGUAUACGAGAUCGGUCGUCAAUUCAGAAACGAGGGAAUAGACAUGACCCAUAAUCCCGAAUUCACAACCUGUGAAUUUUACAUGGCAUAUGCUGACUACAACGACCUCAUGAAAAUCACCGAGGACAUGAUAUCAGGAAUGGUAAAGAGUAUUCACGGUGGUUACAAGAUUCAUUACCACCCAAAUGGUCCAGAGGGUGAGACAGUGGAGAUUGAUUUUACACCUCCAUUCAAACGAGUCUCUAUGAUAAAAACUCUUGAAGAGAAGUUGAAAGUCAAGUUCCCAGAGGCCGACAAAUUAAACACAAAAGAGGCCAAUCAAUUCCUGAGUGAUUUGUGUGUGAAGCAUGAGGUGGACUGUCCUGCACCUAGGACAACCGCCAGAUUGCUCGACAAACUUGUUGGUGACUUCAUCGAGGAGACCUGCGUCAAUCCUACCUUCAUCAUGGACCAUCCCCAGAUCAUGUCUCCACUCGCAAAGUGGCAUAGGUCAGAGAAGGGCCUUACUGAGAGGUUCGAGCUGUUUGUUAUGAAGAAGGAGAUCUGCAAUGCUUAUACGGAGUUGAAUGAUCCUGUGGUACAGCGAGACAGAUUCGAGCAACAAGCUAAAGACAAAGCAGCAGGCGACGACGAGGCUCAAUUAGUCGACGAAAACUUCUGUACAGCUCUGGAAUACGGUCUUCCACCUACGGCUGGCUGGGGUCUAGGAAUUGACAGACUCGCAAUGUUCCUCACUGACUCCAACAAUAUUAAGGAAGUAUUAUUCUUCCCGGCUAUGAAGCCAGAUGAUCCCAACAAGAACAAGGAGGCUAAUGACGGGGAAAAGAACCCUGAUGACAUCACAGCUGAGAAGUGAGGGGAAUUAUUUACGAAAGAAUGUGUUUUCAUUCAACAAUAAAAUUUUGUGAGAUUGGA